GAGGCCUUUUUUUUAAAACUUCGUACAUUAGAUUGUUGUAAAACCAAAAAAUGUUUAACCAAAAUUGAUUAUGAACUUGCAUUUCAAACAUUUGAUAAUAUUCGAAAAUUAUCAAAAUCUGAGUAUAAUAUGUUUAUUUUAGGAAUGCUUCAUAUAAUGGCCCGCGGUAAAGAAACACAAUAUUUAACUGUUAAAUAUACUUUUAAUAAUAGUGAAAUUUGUGAGAAAGCUUUUCAGACUAUAUAUUCAUUAUCAGCUAAAAAAUAG